AUGUCGGGUGUCCCAGCGUCAUCAAUGGCAGACUACGGCGGAAGCGUCACAGGCCCCGCUACCGAUGAUUCCUUGCAACAAAUUCAAGAUGAAGAGCCAAAGAAACCUACCCAAGCUCAAUCAGUCCUAAAACACAUGAUGGAGACCGGACACUUCACAGAUAUUACCAUCGUUGUCGGGGAGAUAAACGAGCAAUUCAGACUCCAUCGUGCUAUUAUCUCCCACACAUCCGAUUAUUUCAAGGCAGCUUUUAACCCAGAUCAUUUCAAAGAAGGCAUCACGAAAGAACUUGAGUUGAAGUCUUUGUAUCCAAAAGCGUUUGAAAAGGUUGUCGCGUGGCAAUACGAGCAAGGAUACCAAAUGGAAUGGAGUCACGGAGCCGCCGAUUACGCCGUCUUCCAAACAGUUGACUACCUCCAAAUCCCCAUUCUCCGCCAACAGGUUCUGAAGAAAUUUGGGUUGAUGUGUGGGAGGUUUUUGUGCAGGUGUUCGAAGGAACAGGUUAAGAAGACUGUUAAUAACUUUGCGAUGAUUUGUCAGAUGUGUGUUAACUCUGAUAUUGAGCUUUUGGGCCCGAUUGCGAGGGCUAUUGGUGCUCAUUGGGAUGUUACGCCUAAUGAAGUUCUGGAAUCGGUUGGUUCUGGGGCUUACGGCGAGAAAUUUGUGGCCGUGAUGAUGAGUGUUUGUGGCAAGGCUGUUUGCGAGAGGUGUAGGAUCGACAGGGCUCAUCGGAUCAAAAACGUUAUGGGUUGA